GUUUCUACGCCAAUCCGGACCCUCGCCCUCCAUCAUCCAGCCCUCGACACACACGCAUACCCCAUGUCCCACGCCUCGGCCAAAGACACGACUGUUCAUGAGCAAAAAAAAAAACGGACCAAUGCCAUUGCUUUGGAUCAAGUGCAUUUCCCUCGACUCGAGCACCACGACACGACAAAUACGCCCCCUGCUGCUCAAUUGACUAGUCAUACUACUUGCUGCCUUUACUAA